GACAUUCAACCCUUCUCUCUCUCUCUCUCCCCCUCUCCCCCUCUCCCCCUCUUUCUCUUUCUCUUGUCCAUCCAAUCAGUCUCCUUACAAAAAAACCACCACCAACUGCCCUGUCCCUCUCUUUCUAAAAAACUCAAAACACACACAUUCCCCUUCAAACGUCACUACUCUCUCUUUAGCAGUCCGCUGCUGCACCAAAACAAGAGAAAAAGAUAACAAACCCUAAAACAAAAUGGUGUUCAAGAACAAGCUAUUUUUCUCAUCUUCAAAGAAAUCAGAGACUUCAAGUCCUGAUGGAUCCAACAACAGUCCAAGAUCAAUCGGGUCAAAUUCACCGAUCCGGUCCGAGAAGAAAAAACCCGCCAAAUCUAAAGAUUCAACACCUACUACUCCAGCUAGCACUGCUUCUUCUAAUAAUUCUACUUGCAAGCAAACCCAAGUUAAAGAUGGGGUAAAAAAGAAAGACUCAUUUUUUAAAGGCAAAGAAACUGUGAGCCAACCUCGAACUCCUACCAAACCAGGGAUUUCAAAUUCUGGGUCGGAUUUAAAAUCCAAAAAAGGUGGUGUCUUGGUUGAUAAUAAGGAGAAAGAAGCAGAAAAGUAUUCUGUUUCGCCGAUUUUAGCUUCAUCUUUGGGGUUGAAUAGGAUCAAAACAAGAUCAGGGCCAUUGCCACAAGAGACUUUCUUUAGUUUUAAAGGUGAUAAAGGGAGUGGUGUAUUGGGGUCUAGUAAUUUGUCAAGGCCUAGUGCUAGUAGUGGGGAUGGGGGGUCGAGUUCGAAUUCAAGUUCUUUAGGGUCAGGAAAGAAGAAGGAAGGAAUAUUGGGGCAGAGUAAGUUGAGGGUGUUUCAAGAGAGUGGUAACGGAGGUGAUAAUUCGGAUAGUAUGUCUACUGGAAGUGGAGGACAGUCUAGAGAAGUUAGUCCGAAUUUGCAGGCAAGAACUAGGUUGCAAAGUGGAGAGUCAUCAAGCGAAGCAGGUCAACAUAAUUCAUCACGGGGUCACUCUGGAGGCUUACGAAGUUCUGAUGCUAUCACACCUGAGACUUAUGAUUGUGAAAACCCAAAGGAAUCUGAAUCUCCCAGGUUUCAAGCAAUACUCCGUUUGACAAGUGCCCCUAGAAAGAGGUUUCCUGCUGACAUAAAAAGUUUCUCACAUGAAUUAAAUUCCAAAGGUGUACGGCCUUUCCCAUUUUGGAAGCCUCGAGGGCUAAAUAACUUGGAGGAAAUCUUGGUUGUCAUACGUGCAAAAUUUGACAAAGCAAAGGAAGAAGUGAAUUCUGACCUGGCUAUCUUUGCAGCGGAUCUGGUUGGAAUUCUUGAAAAAAAUGCGGAUAGUCAUCCUGAGUGGCAGGAAACUAUUGAAGACUUGUUGGUUUUGGCUCGGAGUUGCGCUAUGACAUCACCUGGAGAGUUUUGGCUUCAGUGUGAAGUUAUAGUCCAAGAACUGGAUGAUAGACGCCAAGAACUUCCCCCAGGAAUUUUGAAGCAACUUCAUACCCGAAUGCUUUUCAUCCUAACAAGGUGUACCAGAUUAUUGCAAUUCCACAAGGAAAGGGUGCUGGAUGAGAAUGAAAAUGUUUUCGGGCUUCGUCAAUCUAGGCUUUUGCAUCCUGUAGAUAAACGAAUUCCUUCUUUUGUUGGUAGGGAUGGGAAAGUUUCUAGUGCUGCAAAGAAGGCAGCUUCAGGAAGGAAAUCAUAUAGUCAAGAGCAUAAGGCUGCAUUAGUAAGAAAAUCAUACAGUCAAGAGCAGCGUGAUUGGAGCAGAGAACAAGAUAUACUGCCAGGAAAACUGCUCUCUCUUGCUGAUAACGCUCUUAAGAGUGACGAGUCUCCCACAGGCAGGGAUCGGAUAUCUUCUUGGAAGCCACUCCCAUCUCCUCCUGGCAAAAGCACAAAGGAAGUUGUUCCUGUAGAGGAGCAGAAUGACAGUAAGAUUGAACCUUUGAAAACUUCAAAUGACAGGAGAGGAGCCUCUGACGUGCAUCUGGCUGCUGCAAAGGUUUCUGACCUUCCAAUGGUGAAAGAUGUGCAUGAAAAUUCUACGAAGCACCAACCUAAAAUUUCUUGGGGAAACUGGGGCGAUCAGCAGAAUAUUGCUGAUGAGAGUUCAAUAAUUUGUCGCAUUUGUGAGGAGGAAGUUCCGACUUUACAUGUAGAAGAUCAUUUAAGAAUUUGUGCAAUUGCAGAUCGAUGUGAUCAGAAGGGUCUAAGUGUCAACGAGCGCUUGAUCAGAAUUUCCGAAACACUUGAGAAGAUGAUAGUCCAGAAGGAUAUUCAUCAUGCAGUGGGAAGCCCAGACGUUGCUAAAGUAUCAAAUUCUAGUGUGACUGAAGAAUCUGAUGUUCUCUCUCCAAAACUCAGUGAUUGGUCUCAUAGAGGGUCAGAGGACAUGCUUGACUGCUUCCCUGAAGCUGACAAUGCUGUUUUUAUGGAUGACCUGAAAGGGUUGCCUUCCAUGUCAUGUAAAACCCGAUUUGGUCCCAAGUCUGAUCAAGGAAUGGCCACAUCAUCAGCUGGUAGCAUGACUCCUAGAUCUCCAUUAUUGACACCAAAGACCAGUCAUAUAGACUUGCUUUUAGCAGGGAAGAGUGCUUUUUCCGAGCAUGAUGAUCUUCCUCAGCUGAAUGAACUUGCCGAUAUUGCAAGAUGUGUAGCAACUACACCUCUAGAGGAUGAUCGCUCCACUCCCUAUUUGCUAACUUGUCUUGGAGACUUGAGGGUUGUCAUUGAGCGGAGAAAGUUUGAUGCGCUUACUGUGGAGACUUUUGGAACAAGAAUUGAGAAGCUUAUUCGGGAGAAAUAUUUGCAGCUUUGCGAGCUAGUGGAAGAUGAGAAGGUUGAUAUAGCAAGUACUGUAAUUCAUGAAGAUACACCUUUGGAAGAUGAUGUUGUUCGAAGCUUGAGAACAAGUCCAAUACAUUCUUCUAAGGAUCGUACCUCCAUAGAUGACUUCGAGAUAAUAAAACCAAUAAGUCGUGGGGCAUUUGGAAGGGUGUUUUUAGCUAAAAAGAGAGCAACAGGAGACCUUUUUGCCAUAAAGGUUCUUAAAAAGGCUGAUAUGAUCCGCAAGAAUGCUGUUGAAAGUAUACUAGCAGAACGAGAUAUUUUAAUUUCAGUCCGCAAUCCCUUUGUGGUUCGCUUCUUCUAUUCAUUUACUUGUCGUGAGAAUUUGUAUCUUGUGAUGGAGUAUUUGAAUGGUGGCGAUCUGUAUUCAUUGUUGAGAAAUUUGGGCUGCUUAGAUGAAGAUGUUGCUCGUGUAUACAUUGCAGAAGUUGUGCUCGCUUUGGAAUAUUUGCACUCACUGCGUGUAGUUCAUCGUGAUUUGAAGCCAGAUAAUUUGUUGAUUGCACAUGAUGGACAUAUCAAGCUGACAGACUUUGGUCUUUCCAAGGUUGGUCUCAUCAAUAGCACCGAUGAUUUAUCUGGUCCAGCAGUUAGCGGGACUUCCAUGCUUGUGGAUGAUGAACCUCAACUAUCUACUUCCGAGCAUCAGCGAGAAAGGCGGAAAAAACGUUCUGCUGUGGGCACACCUGAUUAUCUUGCACCAGAGAUUCUUCUGGGAACAGGACAUGGAACAACUGCUGAUUGGUGGUCUGUGGGUGUUAUUUUAUUUGAAUUGAUUGUUGGUAUUCCACCCUUUAAUGCAGAGCAUCCCCAGACGAUAUUUGAUAAUAUUCUCAACUGUAAGAUACCUUGGCCACGGGUGCCUGAGGAAAUGAGUCCUGAAGCACAGGAUCUAAUUGAUAGAUUAUUAACUGAAGAUCCUUACCAGAGACUUGGAGCUGGAGGAGCAUCAGAGGUAAAGCAGCAUGUAUUCUUUAAAGAUAUCAACUGGGACACACUUGCCAGGCAAAAGGCUGCAUUUGUGCCCAGUUCAGAGAGUGCACUUGAUACAAGCUACUUCACUAGUCGAUACUCUUGGAAUACUUCAGAUGAUGCAAUAUACCCAGCCAGUGACUUUGAGGAUUCGAGUGAUGCAGAUAGCUUGAGUGGCAGCAGUAGCUGCUUAAGCAAUCGCCAUGAUGAAGUGGGAGAUGAAUGUCAAGGUCUUGCUGAAUUUGAGUCUGGUUCAGGUGUCAAUUACUCCUUCAGUAAUUUUUCAUUCAAGAAUCUCUCCCAGCUUGCAUCAAUCAACUAUGAUAUUCUCUCUAAGGGUUGGAAGGAUGAUCCACCAACAACUAAUUUAUGACCAUUUCUCCUCGGUCAGAAGCCAGAAGAAUCGUGUUCCUUGGCAUUGAAAUCAUUUUGAACGUAUAUGGGGCAUCUGAUUUGCCAGUGUUGUUUAUAUACUCUGUACAUGUAAUUACUCUAACAUAGAAGAAAAGUUGAGGACUGAAACUGCUUUGGGAUGUGCUCUUUGUUCAGUAUAGGUAAUGCAUCCACACUGUUGGGGUUCAAUUUUAUUUGUUUAGUUGAGCUGAGGAAUAUUGUUUUCCAUUAUUUAAAUGCCCCAGUGUUGGUCUACGCUCUUUGAUGUGUGGUGUACUUUUUGUGAUUUUCGCCUCGUAUCAAUGAAAGAACACAUCCCUCUAUUUGAA